CAUGUCAUGUGUUCUACCUGUUCUGCUAAACUGUACUCUGCAUUUAACUUCAAAUCCACUUGCUUGUAUGUUGAGCAGAAGAUUGUUUCUUAUGUUAAACCCAAUAUGUCCUUUGUUGACUUAAGGGAAGUUUAUUUAUACAAAAACGAGAACAAGCCGUCAGUCAAAAUAGAAGAUGAUCAGAAGAUAUGUCGAUUAUGUUUACAGUUAACUAACGAAGAAUUUGUGCCAUUUUGUGAUAUAAUGUUAGAGGUGAUCCAUAGAUGCAUCUCAGAAGUGAAUUUUGGCAUCACUGAAGAUCCUGUCGUUUGUAGGCAAUGUUUUGAUUCACUCAACAUUCACAAUACUUUUAUAAGGACCUGCUUGGAUGUUGAAACACAAAUUCACGAUAUAUUUGAUGACAAAAUCACAGAUUUCAAGCGUAGUGAUAUAUUUAUUAGAAAUGAAUAUGAUGAAAUAGGAUUAGGAGUCGAACAGACGAUGGAAGGGUCAAUUAAAACUGAAGAAGAGAUAGGGACGGAAGAAACACUGAUCGAAAUUAAAGAAGUUGAUAUAAAAAGUGAAGUAAAUGAUUUGGAAAGUGAUCCUUCUUCAUACGACUUACAUAAUGAAACAAUCGAAAACAAAACAAUGCACAAUUAUAAAGAUGUAGGAGAAAUAAAAAAGGAAUAUAUGUCCGAGACAGUAGAGGUUCAAAUAAGCAAAUCCGAACGCAAAGACGAGUUUGACAGUAGUGUAAACCAGGAAGCUGUUCCAGAACUUAUACAUGAUAAGGAAAGUCCAACUUGCCGGCAGUUAAUAAACAAUGACAGGUUUGAAGAACCAGUAUACAGAUGCAAAACGUGCAAUUUUGAAACUAAAUUUAAGGGUGGUCUAAGUGUACAUCAACUGUCACACAAAGACCCUUUGGAUAUUGAAAUAUACACUUGCGACACUUGCACCUACGAAACUAAAUAUAAAGCAGAUCUAAAACGGCAUCAGUUAUCGCACAAAGACCCUUCAGAAAUCGAAAUGUACAAAUGUGACAUGUGUAAAUACGAAACUAAGUACAAACAGAAUAUCAAAAAGCAUCAAUUGGUACACAAAGAUUCUCCAGAAAUUGAACUGUACAAGUGUGAGACUUGUAUUUACGAAACCAGGUAUAAAUGUCGUCUAAAAGAUCAUCAGUUAUUGCACAAAGAUCCGUUUGAAAUCCAAAUGUACAAGUGUGAAGUGUGUGAUUAUGUAACUAGAUAUAAGAAUCAUCUAAAAAGGCAUCAGCUAUCACACAAAAACCCUUCAGAAAUUCAAAUGUACAAGUGCGAUAUGUGUAGCUUCAAAACAAAGUAUGAGAGACAUCUAAAAUCACAUCAAUUAAUACAUAAAUAUGCCUCGGAAAUUCAAAAGUACAGGUGCGGUGCUUGUACUUACGAAACUAAACGUAAGCAUUGUCUAAAAAAUCAUCAGUUAACCCACAAAGACCCUUCGGAGAUUCAAAUGUACAAGUGUGAUAUAUGUAGAUAUGAAACUAAGUAUAAGUACAACAUCAAAAAGCAUCAGUUAAUACAUAAGAAAAUUUCCACAGAAUAAAAGUAGGAAAGAGAUACAUGCAAUGGCACUGGUGAUAAAUGCUAUCAACUUUCACUACCUACAUCUUAUUCAGACAUCAAAAUAUUGAAAUGUACGCUAAGGAGCAAAUGUACAUGUGUGAUAAAUGUUUUACAACAGAGCGACAAUUUUUUAUGGGAAAAACUUAUGAAAGUUAAUUGAAGGGGCCUGGAAAUGUUAAGAAAGUUUAAUUAUCAUGGAUUUUUUUUUAAUUCCAAUUGCAAUUUGUCUUUAUUUAUGAAGUGCCAAGUACUCAAUUUUUUUAAAAUCAAAGCGGCAGUAUAUUUAUGAAAAAUUUACAUAUUCUGAAAGGUAUAUCAAACAUUAUUUUUCAACGUAGUCAUCUUUCAACUUCAAUGCACUUUGUGAGCCGAGGGAUGAACUGUAUGAUACUUUCAUCAACCUGCCGUCCCUCAGGCCCAUUGUUUCAGGGCACUAUAGACCUCAUUGUCAUUAGAAAACCUUUUUCCACCCAUAAACACCUUCAAGGAAGAGAAAAGAUGAAAAUCAGAGGGUGCCACGUCAGGGCUAGAUAAAUGUAACAUAAAAUAAGAUAAACAUAAAAAUAAA